AGUUUUUCCUAGCCAGCUUUAUCUGAAAAUGACUUCUGGUAGGCUAUUAAAGUCCGUUGCCCUUGAAAAUAAAAAUACUUUAUCCAGGGACAGCAGUGGGCUAGUCCUAGGAGUCAUAGCCUAUGGGGCUACCUCAUAGCCUACCAUACCCGGGAGCAAGGGGGAGGAGAUAGAGGUGACAGCGAACUGGCUAUGUAGCCGGCUUAAUGGCUACACUUUAUCCACAGCGGGACUGUAUCAUGCAUACACUAGGAUUUUUUUUCUAGACUAAUGUUUGCUGAAAUUUGUUCUACGCCAACGGAUCCAGUGCGACAGGUCAUAMAAUAAUAUGCAGCUGAAGACUUCACAGUGAAUGUAUACGGCAAGCAAUAAGAUAUCCAGAACACGGAAUAAGGCAACAAAACACAAUAAUAAUGUGGAACAAUUCUCGACGUGUAGGCUACAACCAGGACCCAACACACUGAUUUCCCCUUGUUCCGACCGACCGGGCCGCAGAACGGGACGCCGCACCACCCAAAUACCCAGAAGCCACCAGGCCUCUGCUGGUUAUGAGCAGGGGGUUGGGAGGGAGGUGUGGGGAGUUAACAAACACACCACCCACAGCUUUAUCGUAGCCCUCUCUUUCCUGAUGUAUCUAUUUUAUUAACAUUGACCGUAACCACUAGCAAGUCCAUUUUCAUUCCCCAUAUAUCCCCAAAACUAGCCUACUAAUAACAAAUACAGCAUUUGACUACAUACUGCAUUAGCGUAACACUAGUAUAACAUUACUACUAGCAUAACAUAACUAGGAUAGCAUUACUAAAAUUCUGUACGGGUGUUCUAUUGACAGUACUUACACGCUGUCACGCAUUCUAAUGAUAUACCUAUCAAUGCCUUCAAACAUCUAGCAGCAAAUGAUCAUUGGAAACUGCUACCAUAGCUUUGAGAGUACCCUGCAUAGAUCAGUCAUUCAACCUUUCCCACUUGUCAAGUGGUUUGAGGGCAGUGGUGAGGUACCUGUUGAGACACACACACUCAGGGACCAUGCUGAGCAUCCUGGCUGCUGGCUCCAUCUUCUUCCCGGGCCUGUUCCUGCUGUCUAAGAGAUGCCUGAAACACACCCCAGGCCUGGCCUUGAGCGAGGGAGACGCCACCAUAGUGUCUGCCAGGCUGGUGUCAUCCAUCCAAGCCAUCAUGGCUUCCUCAGCUGGCUACAUCAUCGCAUCCUCCUGUGAGGACAUCAUCGAGGAUCAGACACUGGCUUACAGUACCUACAUCCUGUUUGCGGUGUCCUACUUUGCGUACGACAUCUACGCCAUGUUCCUGUGCUACUGGCACAAGCUGCAGGUUAAAGGGCACGAGGAGGAGGGCGGCAGGCCAAAGCCAAUGGGCUCGGCAGUGCCAGCUACCUGCGCAGAGAGUUUCUCAUUGGUGCUGCACCACGUCGUCAUGGUGACCAUCUGCUUCCCCGUCUCCGUGUUCUGGAGGCAGGGAAAGGGGGAUUACUUCCAGGGUGUCAUGUUUAUGGCUGAACUCAGCACUCCGUCCGUCUGCCUGGGGAAAAUCCUCAUCCAGGUAAAGAAGCAGCACACUCUUCUUCAUAAAGUGAAUGGCGCUCUCAUGCUGGUCACUUUCUUCAUCUGUCGAGUUCUGCUCUUCCCCUACCUCUACUACGCCUACAGCAGGUAUGCCUCCAUCCCCCUCUACACAGUGCCCCUUGUGGCUCCCUGGCAGUGCAACGUGGGGGCCUUCUGCCUCAUGGCCCCACAGGUCUACUGGUUCACCCUCAUCUGCAGGGGCGCCUUCCGCCUCUUCACCGGGGCCUCGCACUCCCGGCCCCCGGCCACCCUCAACAAGCCUGAUGGGGGCUGCUGCCCCGGCCAGGGAGCCCCUUUACCUCCCCCGGCCAACGGCUACAGUGCCGUCCCCCACCAGGCAGACAGAGAGACUGACACACACUGAGAAAGAGAAGAAAGAGGGAGGGAGAGAUGGAGAGGAAGAGGGAUCACUGUGGGGACGGGGCCAGCCAGACCAGGCCGGGAAGACUGAGGUCUGUCAAGGGAAUCUAUUGUACUGUAUUGCAAUGACAUUGUAACCUAGGAGAGAGAAGAGAGGGAGAGAGAAAUUGUUUCUCAUCCUCUACCACUCUCCCCCUCCCUCUAGUGCCCCUUCAGAGUUACAUGGACCUCUGGAAGAAGAGAGAGACAGACUGAAAGAGGAGAGGGUAAAGAAAGAAAGAAAUGAAUAAGGGAGAGAGAUAGAAGCAUAGACAGGAGAAAGACUUGUGAAAUGGCAAGUAUUUCAAUAUUACGUGUCUGUACACACUGAUUUCAAACUGAAUGGGGACAAAUKAAUGGAUUGAAAAGCAAAAGGAUGAUAGGGUGAGAACACAUUGAAGAUCAAUAGUGAUAGAGGGAGGCAGAGAAGAAUAGACUAAUUAAGCAUGAGCGAUAGAGCUCAUUUGACUGAGUUAAAGGGAUAGAUAAAAGUAUUCUUCUCUUGAAAGAGAAAUGCAACUGCUGUUCUACAUUAGGGAAGGAUACAAAAUGAAUAUAUCAUAAUGUAUAGAAAUAUGUAGUAAAUUAUUAUUUGGUGAUCAUUUCAUUUUGGUGACUGCAAAAAGGGGGRUGAAGACAAUACCACUAUUUCAACUUGUGAUCCUGGUACUGUAUUAUUUGUCCAUCAAGAUGAUCCACUCAGGAUCGAUUGAGUGGGUCUUGUCUUGGGAAAGGACAGAGGAACACGCACCGGCGCCUCUGGUAUUGCUUCGUUCUGCCUUCUCUCCACUCUGAAAUUCUCUCUCGCUCCCUUUUCUCCUGUUAGAAAACUAAUGUGGGAGGAGAGGAAGGGGGUUUACCCCAAAAUGUGACAAGUUUAUAAUAGUAGAUGAGUAAAUGUCAUUUUAGGUUUUUAUAUUGCUCUCAUUCAAAGCAUUUAUUUAUUUAUUAAUGUUGAUGGACUUCUUAGUAUUGGUAGACAUUUUUAUUCCUCCCGCCCUCUUGUACUCACUCCCCACUUCAAUCAAAAGAGGAGAGAACGAGAGAUGGAAUGUUGGAGAGAUUAAUAGAGGGAGAGAGAGAAGGGGGGGAGUAGUAGACUCAAAUGGGACAAUGAUGCAGCUGUGCUGUCCCAGUCACCCACCCAAGUUGAGUAAUGCUGGCAGGCAGUCUUCAGUACACGACUGGGUGGGUCUGUGCAGCUUACCAGAUCUUUACAAUGCUUGGAGAGGUGUUUAAUGUCUCAGAAACCCCAUCAACAUAAUAUAAUGAUCAGGAACACUGCUAUCAUCACCAUGGCUGUUGUGGAAUUAGGUCUCCUGCAGGCUAAACAGGGUAACCACAUUUUAAAAUCUACAGGCGUUCUACAGGCGUUUUACAGGCGUUCUACAGGUGUUCUAGAGUCUGCURAUGUAAGGGAUUCCUAGAUGAUCUAGGAAGGAUUUUGACAGAGUAAGUUGUUGCAGUGUGUUCAACCRUAAGGGGGGAAUUUAAAAUAGAUUGUACUGGCAACUGUUGUACUCUCUUUAUGCAUUGAGGAAUUUGUGCGAUAGUGCCCGAAGAAGAAACAUAUUGACAAUGCACUGAGAGAAGGGACUGAUGAGGUUGGAUUGGGUGGUGGUGGGCCACCCAAUUUCAACCACUAUUUAGUUUUAGUUUUUUGUGUGUUUGUUUUACUUGUGAUUUUAAUUAUGUUUUUGGUGUCGUUUACUCAUGUUGACACAGUGUGCAAUCGCACUAAUGUAGCWAUCUACUGUAUCUAAGGUUGCGUCAUAAAUGCCAUUUGGGACGAAGCCUAMGUCAAGAGGGUUGAAAUGUGGUCCUUGAAACUCAAUCCCACCUUGAACACUUGACCACUGCCUUGGGUUGUAACUUGGAGCCUUUGGUUGUGACUACUAGCCUGGUCUCCGAUCUCUAGCGGUUCAUAGAAGAAAAGAGAACACAUAGAGGGACUACUUUAUAAUAUGCUGGACUAUACUUAUUGCAUCAAGUGAACACAGAGGGACUACUUUAUAAUAUGCUGGACUAUACUUAUUGCAUCAAGUAAACACAGAGGGACUACUUUAUAAUAUGCUGGACUAUACUUAUUGCAUCAGGCUGUCUUCUGCUGAAUAGCUGCAUGAUAGGAAUGAGAGAAUGGCUUUUUGACCAUUGGCCGAUAUUAACUUGGGAACACUGUAACACUUAACUUAGUUACUAUUUACAAUGGUCAGUUAUGGUACUAUUUAAAAUGGCUUAUUGAGGAUUUGUUAAUCCCCGCACCCAGAACCGAAUCAUCUGCUCGAUUUUUUGUUUUGUUUUGUUAUGAUAGAUUUUUCUUUUCAUUCUUGCUUUAUAACUGAUUUAAAGGCACUGAUUAAAGGUACAUUGAUUGGGAAAUUGUAUGAUCAACAUUAUUUUCCAUGCCAAAAAGUAGACCUAAGCGUCCGACAAGGGAUAUCAACUGUAGAGUUGAUCGUACAAAUCAAAUGUCAUUCCUAAAAAAUGAAUUAUGUUCACAAAUGUCAGUUCACAUGCGCCCAAUACAWCAGGUAUUACAGUGAAAUGCUUACUUACAAGCCCUUAAACAACAAUGCCGUUUUAAUMAAAAUAAGAAAUAAAAGU